UGGUAGAUUUUCAUCGCUCUGCUCGGCGUCCCAUUUCUACUGUCCUUGGUACGGUUGUUGUGGCAACUGUAAACAUUAUGUGGGAGCAUGCACGGUUGUUAUGGGAACGGUCUGUGGGAGCAUGAAGGAAGCAGGACUGAGCGAGUCUCAGGAGGUGACAACAUUACAACUGAGCACUGUACAUUGAUCAACUAAAGAGAGAACUUUAAAAUAUAACAUGCAGCAACUACCAGUGUUACAAUCCACAGUAGCUCCAGUGGAGGGGAGGUUACGUCGCAGUGUGCCAAGCCUGCCAGCAAUCAAGCCAGACAGGCUAAAAACAGCUAAAACGCUGGUGGAGAAAGCAGUGAAGCUGAGGAAAGUGUUUUCAGUGCAGGGACCCUACCCUGUGAUUCGUGCUGCCUUAUGGGCCAGAGGGUGGGUGGAACGUCGUUUACCCCAUCCUGUCCAGAGAGCCCCUCAUUGCCAUGGUAAUGAGGAGGAUGGUGAUGUUGGUGCUGAUGCUACUGAGAGAGUGGAUGAAAGUGAGAAAGAGGAGAACCUUGAUGACAUGUAUGACCUUAUGUCUCGCCUGGUUCGAAAUGAAACAACAUAUUUCCAUUGGACAACACGUCGGGAUUACAUAGACUGUCGCUUCUUACGGAAUGACCAAAUGACCAAUCACUAUGCAAAUUCCGGGUCGUUUACUACCAAGGUUGGGCUCUGUGUGAACCUGCGUAACCUUCAGUGGUUUGAUACAGGAGAUCCUGACACCUUCUUCCCAAGAUGCUACAUACUUGGAGCAGAGGAUGGAAAGCAUGCAUUCAUAGAUGAUUUCAAGAGGACAGCAUGCACAGGCCUGCUACAGCAUGUGGUCAAGACAAGCAAGAGGAGAGACGGAGCAGAGGAGUUGAAUAACGUGGAGCAUCAUUUUGUUGGUCCAGGAAUGAUCGACAUGGCUUUGCACAUGUGUCAAGAGUUUCUCAGUAUUUUAGACCACGGUGACAUUGAUGUAACUGUAGAAACACCGUCCUCGGUGGAGGAACAGCAGUGGGCAGAGUUUUUGCAAGACUACUACAUGGUUGUGCAUGAAGGUGCAUUAAUCAGGGGCAGCAGUGUGUUUGUGGAGCGCUGCCAGGCCAUGUUGAUCAGACUGCAGGAGGUUUGCCCUCAGCUGGAUACAGAUGGACUAAAUAACAUCUGGAUCAUCAAACCAGGUGCUAAGUCAAGAGGACGAGGUAUUAUUUGUAUGAAUCGCCUGGAUGAGAUUUUGGCACUUGUGGAUAAUGACCGAGCCCUGCCUAAGGAGAGUAAGUGGGUGGUUCAGAAAUACCUGGAACGUCCUCUGUUGGUCCAUGGCACCAAGUUUGACAUCCGCCAGUGGUUCCUCGUCACCGACUGGAACCCUCUGACUGUCUGGUUCUACAGAGAGUGCUACCUGCGGUUCUCUACCCAGCCCUACUCGACAAAAACUCUGGACAGCUCAGUCCACCUGUGCAACAACUCCAUCCAAAAACACUUUCAGCCAUCCUGUGAGCGUCAACCAGGAGUGCCUGACGACAAUAUGUGGUCCUGCUCUCAGUUUAGGGCUUUUCUGCAGCGGCAGGGCCAUGGGGCAGAGUGGGAGUCAGUGGUGAUUCCGGGCAUGCAGCAAGCGGUGGUUUGCGCCCUACAGACAGCCCAGGACCUGGUCGAGCCCCGCAAGGCAAGCUUUGAGCUCUAUGGAGCCGACUUUCUAUUGGGCAGAGAUCUGAGGCCUUGGCUUCUGGAAAUCAAUGCCAGUCCGACUAUGGCCUGCUCCACCGCUGUGACUGCUCGCCUCUGCCCUGCUGUGCAGCUGGACACGCUGAGGGUUGUGCUCGACCGACGGACUGAUCCUAGUGCUUACACAGGAGGCUUCCAGCUGAUCUUUAAACAGGCUGCAGUUGAAGUUCCUCAGUAUGUGGGAGUAAACCUACUGGUGGAAGGAGCCAACAUAAGGCGAUCCAGACAUCCACUUCAUAGACAAACUGUUAUUUCCAACCCACCUCUCACCAUCCAGUGCCCUUCAGACCAGUUGUCGUCAGAAGAGGUUGAAAUGACGCAUAAUCCAUCAGGUCAGAAAUCCUGUGCAGUCUCUGCUUUUUGCCACUCAGACAAGGAAAACCGAGCUGUUGGAGAGAAAAAGAGGCAGCUGACAUCAACAUCUCCUAAGAGGGAAUGUCAUGGGAGAACAGGAAUUCAGAAUACCUCCUGUGUUCGCAGGUUCUGUCGCAAUCUGGCAUGGGAAAAGCGUCUGGUGGUACACACUGAACCUCAGAAGAAAGCGCCUCGUUUGGGUUUAAGUCUCGGUGCGACCGGCGCAACUCUGGUCCCACGGAGCUUUUCCUUUUCCCUCUGCCCCCCUCAUAGCAUGUCAGAUUGCACAUCUCAGGCCAACCCAGGCCAUGGAUCACGUAUCUCUAGAUCCUUCCUUUCCCAGACAGCUUUUAAACCCCAACACAGGACACCUACAAGGGUCUUUCCUUCACUUCAGGGUCCCCUUCCUAACCUGGAGGUCUUUAGCUUGCGACCAAACAUUGUGGCUGGAAGCACUGCCUGUUGUAAUCCAAACAUGUCCUCUCAUCCCAGCCGCCACAGGCGUCAGGUAUUCCUCUGCUCUCAAAGGCAUAGCAUGUCCAAAUUUAAAGGAGAAUUCACAGGGGAACAUAAAUACUAGAGAUAUUAUCUGUUCAAACGAUUGAAAGCAAUUAGUAACAAGUUAUAUGAGUACUUUUACAUUCUCAUAUUAGGAGUAAAGUGUCAAACAUACCAUAUACUAUGUCAGUGGUAAAUUGUAAUUAGGUCUUAGUGUGGCUGACUGGAAUCUAAACCCUGGUACAUAUGUUUUACAAUUCUGUUAUAAAUGCAACACCAAUCAAUAUUGUGUUGAAACAAACUAAAAGUUAAAAAAGUUCAUUCAAGUGUUGCUAGUGCGGCAAAUAGUCCAACGUGACAGGGCAGAAAAUAAUAUAAUGCAUUAGCAGAUUGUAGGUGUUUUAAAUGACCAGCAGGUGGGAAUCUAGGCUCAAUGAUUUAACUGCAUGUGUAUACCAAAGCUUUUCAGGGAAUUAAAAAGGAAGGAAUUGGCAGUUGUUACCCAGACGUAGUACAUCUUCAGCAAAAUCUGGUGUAUCUAGUCUUUCGGCCUUUUAAAAAAAAAAAGUAAAAUGAAAAAUGAAAAAAAAAAUGUAUUACAUGACUAAAAUAAAUUUGCAAAUUGAAAUAUAUAUAUAGUUUUUGUGCUACACACAGCCUAUUACAUUUAAUAUUGUGUUUAUUACUAAUGGAGAAGAUGAGAAAAGAAUAGAUAAAGGUGAUCUCCUAUACAUUAAUCGGCUAUAUUGAAUUUGUAGCACUCAUUUCUACAGCCAGCAAUGAAUCCUCAAUAUAAAGAAAGAAGCCAAAAACCCAACUUAUUGCCAUGUUUUGCAACCAAUUAUAGCUUUUACCAUAGACGGGCUUGUACCAAAUUGUAGAUUUGGGAGUUUCAAGGUUUUCUUUUACAUUUACAUCACACUGAUGUAAUAGUAAUAAUAAUACAAAUGCAUCAAUCCUCUAUUUUAGAUAGAAAUUUGUAAACUGAAUGAUAUGUUUUUUCUUUGGUGGCAUUUUUUCCCUUAAUUGAACAGAAUGACAGAAAUAGUAACAGACAGGAAAUAACAAGGGAGGGUGAGAUAGGUAUGACGUGCAACAAAGGUCAAACCCGAGAUGUUGUGGUUAUAUGGUGUGUGUCUUAACACCCAGGCUUCCAGCACCCAACUACUGACAUUAGUGUUAAAGGCAUUAUUUCACUAGGCCCAUAGCAAAUUGUUAAACUGGCUGAAAUAGUGGAUUCACUACAGCUCUAAAAUCAGCUUGAAAAUGAUAUCUUAUGACAGCAAUAAACCAUGGAACUACUACUGAAACAAAUGACUGAAAAAGCACUUUAAGAGAACAGGUUUAGAAGGAACUGAUGACAUAGCCUUUGACUUUAGUUUGAAUGAACAAAUUAGAUAUGGAAUGAAACAGUACUCACACAGCUCAGAAAUGAUAGUGGAAACAAUAAUAAUAUUUAGUUGAAGUUUGUGAUGUUAAGCAUUGACAUUGGAUACGCAGGCCUGCGUAGAAUGUAGAAAUCUGCCACACAAGAUACUGUAAGCCUUGUCAGUACAAUCACAGCCCUAAAUGUGCAAAGCAGUAGAAUUUGAUUGCACAAUACAUGUUAUGGUGAUUAGUAUUUGUUUCGGUUUAUGUGUUUUUAGUGCUGGGAGUGUCGAAACUCUGGGAUAAUAAUUUAGUACUGAAUCAUACGGGCAAUGAAAAAAAAGAAAAUGUCUCCCUGUCCAGGCUAUUGAAAAGAUGCAGAUGGAUCCUGAUUAUUGCCUCAGGAUUACCCGAAACUGUUUACCCUCACAUGCAUUGACUUGUUGUUGUAUUCAUGGGCACAGACGGUUAACCAGCAGGAGAGCCGAGGCUACAGAUGUGCCAUUACAUAAAUGUUCCUGGUGACAUGAAUGCCGUGGCGCGCGCGGGCACACAUACGUACACACAUGCACACACAUACACAUAUUCUCUUUCAUAUACAUACAGUCAAAGCGAUUUUCCACGGGAAAAAAAUACUUUAAUACACUUAUAUAAUGUAUACCAACAUUUAUAGACAAAAUAUGUACAUCAAACAUCUUUCAUGUAGGUCCUAAAAUAUAAAAUCUCAAGUACCUCUUUCUAUAGAAAACUAUUCUUCGGAUAAAACUUUUACAUUCAGCUUCUCUCCUCCUCACUCAUUUGACUCCAGUAUUCAUACAUAGUACAGAGAAUAAACAUCUGAAAUGUAUCAACUUUUCACAAGUAAAAGGCAACAGCAAGAACAAACACCAGGUUUGACUUGAGCAGAAACAGAUGUUGAGUAUGCAGGUCCAGCACAGUGCUACAGUAUGUACACAGUUUCUGAGUACACAACAUACAAUUGUCCACACUCUGCCUACCUUCUAUCCUUCCGGAGAGACAGAGUGCGAGAACAGGUAUCAAAAAUAGAAAUGUACAAGAUGUCUAUGAACAAUAAUUACAGAAAAGCCAUCUUAACUGUCUGUCAAUGAAAAACAAGACUUCUCAUUCAGUGUGUUCAUGUGGUGGCCCUUUCCUUGAUCUGUGCACUGGGUGUACCCUUGCUUUUGU